AUCCUCCAAUUUUUUCAUUUCGUUCUCUGUACAGAAUAAAUUUAUAUACACGCAUUAUUGACACAAAUCCUACUUUAAUAAUUUAUAUUGUAAAAAUCGCAUUUUAAUCCAUUGCUUGGGUCAGAAUGUCAUCUCGAGCUGAACUGUGAAACGAAACGCUCGCGCGCUACACUCGCCAUUAUCGGUAAGCCAGCAGGCUUGUGUAUCAUUAGAAGAUAAUAUAAGAACAGUCUACCUGUUUCAUAACAGUGCGCUCACGCGGCUCUUGUCACGCACGUGCGGUGUCUUCUCGUGUAAAUACACGUUGCGACGCGUGAGGCAAGAGCUGGUGCGGUCCUUGGCUCUUUCUUGGCCGGCAGAGAAAUCAAUUUAAAGGGCGGGCCCGGACCACGGCAGGUACGACAAUAACGAGCGGUAACAAGUAGCGGCGGACUAACGAGGCCCGCAUUUUGCAGGAUAACCGGCGACUAUGAACGAGUCCGACGAUGACAGUUCCGACAGCAGCAACGAUUUCGCCGGCAUCACGCCGAAGGACGAGCUGACGGCGAGCUUCUUCACGAUUAAGCCGGCGACGAGGCCGAGCCUGGUGAGGCACGGCAGCGAGGACGAGAGCAGCGACGACGAGACACUGGCGAGCGUGCCCGAGGGCAGCGACAUCGAGCUGUUCUCCGAGGUGGUGAGGAACCUCGAGGCCUCGCAGAGGGCUCGCGUCGACCAGGAGGAGCCCGGGCGCGGCUCCUCCGGGAACGACAGAGCCGCCAGGGUCGAGAAGCGGGCGGGCAGCAUAUCCGACGAGAUAAACGCCGUCUUGCUCCAAGGGGAGAGCGGCGCGCGGGCCUUCGACGAGGACGACGGGGACACGGGCGACGAGGAGGAGCCAGAGGGGGACGUCAAACGCCCUGAAGAUUAUGCCAUACCCAAGGAGGGUGUGAGGAUCACGUUGCCGGGCACGAGUGCGGUUUUCCGGAAGAGAGCGAGCGGCAAGAGGGAGUCGGAUCUGGCCGCGCUUCUACGAAGGAGGUUGAAGGCCAAUCAGAUCGUCGUGGAGAAGGCGGGCAGACUCUGCUGGCUGGCGUACGGCUUUCACCUGAGCCGCCAGGCGUGCGAUCCCGAGGUGAUGGCGACGGCGGUGUCGCUCGUCUCGACCAAGAGCUAUCCGAAGGACAACUUUGACCUGGAGUACCUGAAGAAGCUGACAAAGUGGUUUAAAGGUACGUUCGCGAUAGAGGCCGCCGGCGACGAUCAAGUCGUCAUAAACAAGGAGACGCUGUUGCAGCGACUCGCGGAGAAGAGAAUUUACAAUUACAGGGAACUGGUGAUACUGUACGUGGCGGUACUGCGCGGCAUCGGCUUGCACUGCCGUUUGGUGGUGUCUCUGAAUCCGCCGCUGGUGAAGGCCUGCAAUGAGCUGCUGCCCAAGCCCAGCGCGGCGAAGAAAGACGGUAAAGUCAAGGAAGAGACGAAGGCGACGAGAGCCAAGGUGGCGUCCAAGGGAGGCAAGAAAAGCGCGAGAUCGAAGGAAGAUCUCGCGGGUAGCAGCGCGAUUCGGAACGACGAGGCCGCGCGAAGAAACGCUAACGCCGACGCGAAGAAAAAGGCGGCGGAGAUCCUUCGCUCCAAGUACUCGUACGGCAAGAAAAGUCGGGACAAGUUGAACAGCGACGCGUCCGCGCGCGAGACCGCUUCCACGUCCACGAGGGUCGAGACGGCUUCGAGUUCGCGGAAGGCAGAGACCGGUCCGUCGCCGAGGCGUUUAAGACCUCGCGAAGCACACGGCGUUGCGUCUACCUCGGCCGAACAACGGAACGCUGCCAAGACUACGUCGGAAGACAAUCGGCCUAGAGCGAGCAAUUCUAAGAGGCAGUCGCGGAGUGACGGCUCAAAUUCCGAGGGAGCAGAAGAACCGUCCAGCAAAUCGAAGCGGAAAUGCGGCAGCAGGAACAAAGUCGUCGGGUCUAAAGGAAAGAAUGAGGAGGCGCAAGCGUCCACGGACGACGAAGAGACGGACAAUAAGUUGAGGAAGAGACGGGACGUGUGGGCCGAGGUGUACGUGGAGUCCAAAGCGAGCUGGAUUUGCGUAAACGUUAUGGACGGAAAUGUGGAUUGCGUGGCCGAGAUAUAUAAAGCAGCAACCAAGCCAGUAUUAUAUGUGAUAGCUUACAAUUCGGAAAGUUUAAUAAAGGAUGUCACGAGGCGCUACUGCCCGCAGUGGCUCUCUGUCACGCGCAAGCAGCGUAUCGAUGAGAAAUGGUGGACCGAGACCCUAAGUUAUUGGCAGGAAAGGGAGACGGCCAUGUCUAGGCAGGAGGAUGAACUGCUGCUGCAAAAAGAAUUGGAGCAGCCGCUGCCUAAAACCGUCGGCGAGUGCAAAGGUCACCCGCUGUACGUUCUCGUCAGGCAUUUACUUAAAUACGAGGCCUUGUACCCGCCGGAUUGCGUGCCGUUGGGACACCUGAAAACCGGCGAGGCUAUUUACUCGCGGUACUGCGUGCACACGCUGUGCUCGCGGGAGACUUGGCUGAAGAAAGCCCGGGUGGUCAAACCGAAGCAGGAGCCCUACAAGAUAGUUAAGGCGCUUCCCAAGUAUGACAAGCUUUCAGGCAUGAGACUCAAGGACGCCGCGUUGGAGAUAUUCGGAGAGUGGCAGACCACAGACUACGUCCCGCCCGAGGCCAAGGACGGUGUUGUGCCUCGCAACGAGUACGGGAAUGUGGAUCUGUUUAAGAAAUGUAUGCUUCCGAAAGGCACAGUGCACAUAAACCUUCCAGGAUUGAACCGCGUCGCGCGGAAAUUGAACAUAGAUUGCGCGACUGCCGUGGUGGGCUUCAAUUUCGGCUGCAUGGGCGCCGUGCCAGCCACCGAGGGCUACGUCGUGUGCGCCGAGUACGAGGACACGCUGCGAGAGGCCUGGGAAUCGGAGCAGAUCGAGGCGGCUAAACGGGCCGCCGAGAAGACGAGGAAGAAGGUCUACGGCAACUGGCGGAAGCUUAUCAGGGGUUUGCUCAUCAGGGAGAAGCUGGCGCAGAAAUAUGACUUUAGGGACAAAUCGAAGGCGGACCAGCCGAGCAAACGUCCGAGAUCGCAGAAGGGCGCCGCGAAGAAGUCCAAGGCUCAAUAGAACGCGCGCGUGUACAUGUUACACUGCGUUUACGUACGCGUUAACUUGGAAGUGCGUUUUGCGUGGAAUGAAGCCCACCCAUUGGUGUCGAAUGCCAGAAGAUUUUUACAAUUUACACUCGUCGUCGAAGCGGAUCUCGCAUCUCCCAACAUUGUACAAACCUCCGUACUUGAUAAUAUCACCUUAGUAUUUAUCGAUUCUGCCUGUAUGAUUUAUACGAUGCUGUGAACACUCGUGCGCGAAUUAAAUUAUUUUUGUACCAUAUAGCGUAGUCCGCGUGAUGCUUCCCAGACUCCAUUUUAUGGUAAACGAGGAAUGUAAUACUGUACAAAUAUCAACAUGUUUAUGCCUA